CGGCAGUCGCGCCGUUAUCGCAACGGCUGCGCGUGUGCCGUAAUGCCCAUGUGCGACGUGUGGCGACGACAACGACCGGUUUCUGCUGUCCGUCCGUCCGCCGGAGAGAAGGAAACGAGGAAAAAAUAGAAACCAUCGCCUGUGACCGUAAUGCGAUAUAAGGCCUCCCGGGCGGCAGUGGCGGUGGUUAUUGCCCGACGAUUAAAAGCGUAACAACAAUAAUAAUAUUAUAACCGACGACCGUAUUACAAUACUAUUUUACAUUUCAACCAUUAUGAUAUAUGAGUUACGACAAUUUCGGGCCGUCACACUCGUCUCCAGCGAAUAGUCAAUGCCGAGUACACUACGCUCUUAUUACAAUAUAUAUAUUAAUAUUACUUUUUUUUUUUACAUUUAUACCUAAUAAUAUUUUAUAUUGUUGAACUCGCGCCCGUCAGUGUGAAAAACUGCGAACGAAAUAGUAUUAUUUUUAAACCGCCGCCGCCGCCGCCGCUCGUGAUUAUUUUCUUCGUCGUCUCGUCCGCCGCCCGAUGUCCGUCGUUUACCGUGGUGCACGUCGAUUAUUAUUGAAUGCAUUUAAAAACUCUCGAUAACGUUAAAGCAAUACGUCUAUAGUACUUACACGCCGGUGUUGCAUUAUUGUAUUCGGCUCCGUUUCGUUUUUGGUUUUCGAUUCUCGGUCGCGUUUGUACGCGCUUAUGCGCCACACGUAUUUUUUAUUUUGUUUUUACGCGUCGACUUCGCCACCACUACGAGCUACGCGGCGGCGCUCGUCUGCAAUAUUUUUGUUACCGGACCAGCAUCAUCGGACUAGCAUCAUAGUAUAACACCCACGCCAGCGGCUUUCUGCUGCGAAUUCGGUAUCAUGACUAAAGACCAAGCAAGUAAACGUUUUUAUCGGGUGGACAGUAAUUAUGAUUUUACUGCAUUUAUGGAUCGUGGCCAAACAGCUGCUUACGAAAACCGAUGGGUUUUUGAAACAGCUUGGGAAGUCUGCAAUAAAGUUGGUGGUAUUUAUACAGUUAUUAGAUCCAAAGCAUUCGUAUCAACUGAAGAAAUGGGAGAACAGUAUUGUUUAUUAGGUCCUUAUAAAGAAAAUUAUGCUCGGACAGCUGUCGAAGAACUAGAAUUUGAAGGUGGAUCUCCUUAUCACACAGCAGUAACAAAAAUGAGAGAUCAAGGAUUUAAGUUGUUGACAGGUCGAUGGUUAGUUGAUGGUAGUCCACAAGUUAUAUUGUUUGAUAUUGGUUCAGCUGCUUGGAAAUUAGAUGAAUACAAGCAAACUUUAUGGGAUACGUGCAACAUAGGAAUUCCACAUUUAGACAUAGAAGCUAAUGAUGCUGUAAUUUUGGGAUAUUUAAUAUCUGAAUUUCUAUCAGAAUUCCGAGUAGCGGCAGCAGCAUAUAUUGAUUCAACACCGCUAGUGGUUGCCCAUUUCCAUGAAUGGCAAGCUGGCAUAGGAUUAAUUUCAUUACGCACAAAAAAAGAACCAAUUGCUACAGUAUUUACAACUCAUGCCACUUUAUUAGGCCGAUAUCUCUGUGCAGGAAAUACUGAUUUUUACAAUAAUUUAGACAAAUUCAAUCUCGAUGAAGAAGCUGGUAAAAGGCAAAUUUAUCACCGUUAUUGUAUGGAACGAGCAGCAGCACAUGUUGCACACGUUUUUACAACAGUAUCUGAUAUUACUGGAAAAGAAUCUGAGUAUUUACUCUCUCGGAAGCCUGAUAUCAUAACUCCCAAUGGGUUGAAUGUUGUCAAAUUUUCAGCCUUACAUGAAUUUCAAAAUCUUCAUUCACUAUCCAAAGAGAAGAUUCAUGAUUUUGUUCGCGGUCAUUUCCAUGGACAUUAUAAUUUCGAUCUGGAGAAGACAUUAUAUUUCUUUACGGCUGGAAGAUAUGAAUUUUCAAACAAAGGAGCAGACAUAUUUAUCGAAGCAUUAGCUCGUUUAAAUCAUUAUUUGAAAAAUGCUAAUUCGGAUAUGACUGUCGUAGCCUUCCUAAUAUUCCCCGCGCGGACAGAAAACUUCAACGUGGAAAGUCUCCGUGGUCACGCCGUUACCAAAAGUUUACGAGACACUAUACUAGAAAUACAAACAAAAAUCGGACGGAGGAUUUACGAAAUCUGUUUAAGGGGCCGAAUGCCCGUCGAAGAAGAGUUGUUGAAUAAAGAAGACACUGUGAGGUUGAAACGGUGUCUGUACGCUUUGCAGAGGGACGACCUGCCGCCUGUAACCACUCAUAACGUAGUAAACGAUUGGUGUGAUCCCGUAUUGAAUACGAUAAGAAGAUGUAAGCUGUUCAACACUACAUCCGACAAAGUUAAAAUAGUGUUUCACCCAGAAUUCUUAUCCUCGACUAACCCGCUGUUUGGAUUGGACUAUGAGGAAUUCGUGCGCGGUUGUCACUUAGGAGUAUUCCCAAGUUACUACGAACCAUGGGGAUACACACCCGCCGAAUGCACGGUUAUGGGAAUCCCGUCAAUAACUACAAACUUGUCGGGUUUCGGUUGUUUUAUGGCCCAGCACAUCGCUGAUCCUUUGAGUUACGGAAUUUACAUCGUGGACCGUCAAAACAUUAGCAUCGAAGAAUCUGUCAGACAACUGGCGCAGUAUAUGUACGAUUUUGCGAGAAUGAGUCGUAGACAACGGGUGAUCCAGCGAAACCGUACCGAACGUUUAAGCGAUUUGCUCGAUUGGCGUAACUUGGGUAUUUACUAUCGUCAAGCCAGGUUGAAAGCAUUAUGUCAAGUGUUCCCGGAUAUGUUUGAUAAAGAAACAGAAAUGUUGUGCAUCACGGAAGCAUCGAGACGACGAUAUAACUAUCCUCGUCCUUAUUCUGAACCACCAUCACCAUCAAGUAGCCGACCAACCACACCAGGAGCUUCACUACACGGAUCAGAUGACGAAGAUAUUGAUGAUGAGCGUGAGCUUGCAGAGCUUUCGACAUAUACAAGUCAUUAACUAUACAUAUUUAGUUUGUUGCUGUAAUAAAUAUUAAAUAAUAUAUUAUAACACAUAAUAUAGUACUUCUGAAAAAUGUAUUUAAAAUUUUUUUAAGUGUAAAAAAAAAUAUAUUGUUUUACUGAAAAUACAUUUAUUUUAAUGAGAAA